GAAGUGAACCGUUUUGGGUUGUUGUCAACAGCGGGUUUUGCUGUCGAAAAGGUGUUAGUGGUGACAUUUUUCGUGAUUAAUAAAUAUAAUUAUAUUUCUUCUCAAAAUAGCCUACGAGUCAGCUAAUAUCUGUUCGUUUUUUGGCACUGCCAAUACCAAGGCAGCAUAAUUAAAUCUCUAGCUAACAUCCUCACAUCCAGCUAGCUAGCUAGCUAGCUAGCUAAAGAAAUCAUAAACGUUACCUUCGUGGUGCACACGAUUAAGUAUACAGAAGAGAAGAAAGAAGAUCGUUUACAGGAUGUCAAAAGUUGAACGCUUAAGUGACCGGGUAACAAAGUUACUGACUGUGGCGGUACACGAGGUGCUUGAGGUUGUGAGAGAGACGGUGUCCGAAUAUCAGGAGAAAACUGCGCAGACACAGAGAGAAAACGAGAGACUACGGAGGAGAGUUCAAGAGCUGCAGGACCAGCUGGACAAAGACAGCACAAUUGUCCAGAUUACUGCAUCCUCUGAGCAGGAGGGCCCGUCGGUUUUCAGUCAGCAGCUGAAUGCAGUAGUGGAGGAUAAUCUGGCCCUCAAGCAGGAGCCCCCAGCUGAUGUCCAUGAGACUCCCUGUCCUUCUUACAUAAAAACUGAGAUGGAGCGCUCAGAAUAUCCCGUUGUAGACGAGGCCGUGCUGCAAACGGACUUCUUCUCCUGCGCGGAUUCCAACUUUCAAAUCACUCGGAGUGAGGUCCGCCCGGAGCUUGUCGCAGCCGGGCCGGAAUUCCCCGUCACACCCCCAUGUGUGAACGCAGAAGCGCUCAACGCCUUUGUGGAGCGGUUCCCAUACGAGGAGGAGCCUGCUUCGGCGCCGGUGCUGGAUGCCUGGAGACAGCGAGUAAACCAGCAGGGGCGGGAGGAGCGGCACGGCUGCCUGCUAUGCGGGAAGACGUUCAGCCGCGUGGGUAACCUGCGCAUCCACCAGCGCUGUCACACCGGGGAGAAGCCGUACGGCUGCCUGCACUGUGGACGUCGCUUCAGCCACAGCGGGAACCUCCAGAAACACAAGCGGGUUCACACGGGGGAAAGACCGUACCGCUGUCCCCAGUGCAGCAAGAGCUUCUGCCAGUCCAGCCACCUGAAGAAACAUCAGAUGAUCCACACGGGCAGACAUGUGACCACAGGGAGGAGAGAGAUGGAACGAACAAACAGCCACAUUAGCCAAACAGGCCGGUAUUACCACAGCAAACCCAGAAUGUCCACUACGACACUGGAAAAGAGUCAGAUAUUCUCGCGGAGCAGCAGUGUGUCCAAGCUGGAGCGUCUGAAUGCACGGGUGGGACGGCUCCUGGCGGCUGCUGUACGGGAGGUGCUGGAGGCGGUGAGGGAGACGGUGGGGGAAUACCAGGAGAGGACGGCUCGGACGCAGCGUGAGAACGAGAGGCUGCGACUCAGACUGAGCGACGCGCUGGAGGCUCUGCAGAAGGAGCGAGAAGCGUCCAGACAAGCCUCCCUGUCAGAUGACUGCUUCUCUGCUCCUCAAUCUGGCCAGAUGCCUGAUUCCCUCGAUGUCCCCCACUUGGGGCCAGACUCCAGUCCUCCGUGGGGCAAAGAUCAGGCGGUUAAAGUGGAAGACAGCCUCCGGGAGUCGAGUCAAGGUGCGGAACCGGAGACGGAGGUGUGUGAUGUGAAAGUGGCGCUGACGCUAGCAGACGCGUGUGGCGGGAGAACGGAGCAGGAUGAUGAUGAUGAUGAUGAGGUGGCUCUGGAUGGCACCACCAAAAGGGCCCAGUGUGGCUCGGACGGCCUGCCUGGGGACCACGCCUCCAGCUCCGGAGUAUCGCACGUCAAGACUGAGCCCGCUAGCACCGACUGCUCCACCGCACAGCCGCGCAACUGCCUGGGUGGCUUUGAGGCGGUCAGGGACCGGAGUGUGUCAUCAGCCAGGCACAUGGCAUUGACCGCAGACUCGUGUGGGCCUCCCCUUGCCCGCUCCACUCCCUGCUCGCUAGUGAGGCGCAUGGGGAGCGGGAGAGCUAUGAGGCCGGCCGUGGAGGUGCGGUCCCGCCCCCUGGGGCCCCAGGGCGAGGGAAGCCACGUGUGUCAGGCAUGCGGGAAGACGUUCAGCCGCGUGGGGAACCUGCGCACCCACCAGCGCUGCCACACCGGGGAGAGGCCGUACCGCUGCCUGGUGUGCGGUCGCGGUUUCAGCCAGGCUGGCGACCUGAAGAAGCACAAGCGUGUGCACACGGGGGAAAAGCCCUACUACUGCAUCCAGUGUGGCAAGAGCUUCAGCCGUGGGGAGAACCUGAAACGACAUCAGAAAAUCCACAUAGGGGAGCUCUUACGUCGCCAGCAUGCAUGGAGAGACAAUCAUGGUUUAACCACCUGAACAGGGAGUUUUAGAUGAUGUGAUCCGUAACCUUGGCUGCGAGAUGGUGUACACAUACACUGGCAAACACAGGCUAAUUUGCACUUGCAUUUCAGGGUGGUGCUUAUUAAUGUUGUAGUAUGACGUUUGAAGCAGGUCACUCUGAAUGUUUUUGCUUUGUUUCAAAACUUGCCUUUUCCUCGUUUGAUAUGUGGAUUUUCCCAAAAGAGGCUAUUAUAGUAUCUACCUGUGCUAAAUCCAAAAGUCAUGGGUUUUCUAAUAAAAGAACUUUCCAAAAAAAAGUAUAGGUAGAAGUUGUGAAAUGAACUUGAUGUUUUAAUUGAGCUCUUUUAUGUUCUUACAGUUUCUGAACUGCUAAAACACUUAGUUGACAUUUUUGUUUAGAAAAUGUGCUGUCAAAACAAUUUUAUCAAAUCAGUCACACAGAAAAAAACCCACUGUGGUUAGACACAAUUUGCAAAUCUGAAUCACCCAUUUUACAAAACAUUAAACAUAUUCUUGUUAAAAAAAAAACUCAUGUAGCAGUGUGUUUAAUGCAGAAUCAAUCAAACAGGCCCCAAAAGUCUCUAACAGUAUCUAACAC